GCAUACAUACAGGAAAAGAUGUCUUCAGACGGGUUAAAUAAAUUAGAGCAUCACUUGUCAAGUGCAUCGAGUUAAAGAGAGACUAUAUUGAAGAAUAAAUCGCUAUUUUGCUAAAAUUUUUAUAAUGGAGUCUAUGUUCUUAUCGGGCUCUCUCGUAUGUAUAACGCUUUUCGACACUACAGCGCAAACGCGCAUGCUUGAAAGUAGUAACGAAAUAUUGGCCUUAUAUGCUUAUUUUCAUAUUUUAAAUGCACGUAUUGCAAUACAUGCUUAUAUAAAUAUGCACACAUUUGACCGGUCGUACUAUGUUUCGUUGGUCAUGAAAUAGUUUUGAGAGUUCAGCAAGGAAACAAAAUAGUUACUGUGCUGUGUAUUACUAGUAUUAAGUCAAAAGAAUAUUAUUAAUUACUUAAAUUAUGUACAUAUAUUGUUAUCCUUACUCGUUAUUUUUCAUAUAAUAAAACCUCUCAAUUUGUAUGCAUCGAAUGUGAGUUUAUAAGCUGUAAAUAAACUUUUACAAUUUUUUUAAUUACAAUGGAGAAAUUGAAUGAAUACGAGGGUUUUUCUGGUCGGCUACAUCACUGGCGUGAAUCUUUUAAAGAACUAAUUUUAACACAAAGGGAAAGGGAUUCGACAAGCAUUUUUGAAGUUUUUAAGAACGCUGUGAGUAAAAAUUUAAGUGGAAAUAUUAGUGCUACUCAAGACUUUUCACACAUAUACAGACAUAAAACUCGCAUGGAGUUCGUAAGGAUUUCUGCAGCUGUUAUGGGCAUUGAGUUCUCGUAUGCCGCUGAAACUGCCUUCGUUUCACCAACUUUGCUAAAAAUUGGCUCGAUGAGCGAUCGCUGUAAUCUAAAUAUGGGGCGAAGAAGACCUUUUAUAAUUUUGCUGUCAAUAGGAGUUAUUUUUGGACUUCUUUUAAUACCUAAUGGGGAACAAUUGGGAUACUGGUUUGGUGAUGAUUACCAAGAAUUGCACUCUUCAAUAAUUGAAGUAACAAAUACAAGUUUAAAUAUGGUAUCACAUCGUGUGACUGCUUCACAAAAUGAAAAACAUUCCAUACCACAGAAUAAACAUCCUUGGGGAAUCUUUUUCACUGUUUUGGGUACAGUCUUAUUAGACUUCGACGCGGAUGCGUGCCAAAGCCCAGCUAGAGCAUAUUUGUUGGACAUAUGCCUUCCAGAGGAUCAUGUGAAAGGACUUUCUACAUUUACAAUAAUGGCGGGUUUAGGCGGAUUUAUGGGGUACUCAAUGGGAGCCGUCGACUGGGAUACAACAAUAAUUGGUCAAAAAUUAGGUGGCCAUAUAAAAACAGUAUUCACAUUAGUUACUUUCAUAUUCAUUUUUUGCGUAACACUAACAAUUACAAGCUUUAAAGAAAUUCCAUUAUGGGUUAUAGCGGAUUAUACAAAUGACAGACAUCAAAGAGUAGACACCUCUAAUGAUGACAUGGAAGCAUAUAGUGCCGUAAAUCAAUUAACAUGUAACGAUGAGAAGGUAAGUGUAGUUGAAAAAGUGAUGCCUUCAGGUAAACAUUCAAUUCAUCUGCAGGCGUUCCACGCGGAAUUACUGUGA